AUGUCAUCUACCAAUAAUUUUGAUAUUAAUAAAUUCUCGUCAAAAGAUAAUAAAUAUCAUCUUCCUCUCAUAUAUAAUAUUGAUGAGGAAGGUUAUUACUAUGGCAGUUAUCACGAUCACUCCUUCCAACUUACUGGCUUUUUUCAAGCCAGAACAAGUGAAGACAUGCUUAAACAAGCUUAUGAAUCAUUUACAAUGUGCAUGGAGGGUGAAAAGAAAUUUCCAUAUAAUAUUGAUGAUAUCGAAAAUGUAGUCGUAUUUGAUAUAAUUAAAUGUGAACAUGAGGAAGAAGAGGAACUUGCUGAUAAUGUAAAACACGAAGGAAAAGGUUUUAACGAAAUUAUUGAAGCACUUAAUCAGUAA